AUGAACGAGACACAUCUAACUAUGGACUCCCUUCUGCCUCUAGUCUUGCCUCUUACCGAGGCCUUCGACCCGCGUGAAGCAACGAUAGCGUCCACUCAUCAUGCACUCUACACAGGCCUGACGACAUGCCGCGAAGUCGUUUCCUCGUUCCUAUCACGAGUCGAGGAAUUGAACCACAACACAAAUGCCAUAAUCACGCUCAAUCCGCACGCACUGCAGAUGGCGGACGAUUACGACACCAAGCUAAGAGGCAAUGACUCCUCGCACGGACCGCUCUUUUGUGUCCCGACUCUGCUGAAGGAUAACUACGACACCGCGGACAUGCCAACCACCGGGAGUAAUCUUGGUCUGGCCAACUCCAGACCUGCAACAGACGCCCCUGCAGUCAAGGUCCUCAAAGAUGCUGGCGCUGUGAUACUUGGCAAGACAAAUCUCCAUGAACUCGCAUUGGAAGGACUCACUGUCUCUUCUCUUGGUGGACAGACGCUCAAUCCCUAUGACAAGACACGGGCGCCAGGCGGGAGCUCUGGAGGGACAGGGGCCGCAGUCGCAGCUUCCUUCGCGGUGUUUGGAACAGGAUCAGACACAGUCAACAGCUUGCGUUCACCCGCGAGCGCCAACUCACUUUACAGCGUUAGGCCUACUCGAGGCUUGAUUAGCAGAGAUGGAAUCAUGCCCGUUUCGUACACCCAGGAUGCGGUUGGGCCCAUUACGAGAUGUGUGGGAGAUCUAGCUGUUGCGCUGACGGUGAUGUCCAGUAUCGGGUACGACGAAAAGGACAACACCACCGCUCUGGUCCCUGCCGGAAUACGAGGGACCGACUAUACCUCCUCUCUUUCAGCAUACCCUCUGACCGGCAUGAGAUUUGGUCUAGUGGAGGGAUUCCUUAACCGCACUCCGUCAACAGAGAAUGACCCAGUGAAUGAGGUGAUGCAACACAUGGUCUCACAUGUGAGAGCCGCAGGAGCCAAGGUCGUAAGCAUCACAGACAAUAUGUACAACUCGGAUGCAAUCAUACAGAAGCUCGACACGCAACGCUUUGAGUACCGUGAAUCGAUGGAUGCGUACCUACAGCGGAAAGAUCUGGGCGGAGAACAUCCAACCACCCUGAACGAGCUUUAUGGCAGUGGCAUGUUCCUUGUGAUACCGGCACAGCAUGAAUACGUCAGCACUGCCCUCGUGUCCUCCACGUCAAAUAGUACGGGCAGGCAAGGAAGCUACCAGGAUGUCAGACAAGGUAUCCAAAACUUGACGCACGCACUGCAUGAGACGUUUAAGAAACACGAUCUGGACGCUCUAAUCUAUCCCGAGCAAAGAAACCUCGUCGUACCCGUGGGAUCUCCCUCACAGAGAGGCAGAAAUGGCAUCCUCGCCGCCUUGACGGGCAGUCCCGUUGUCACUGUGCCAGCGGGAUAUAGUAAUCCGACCAAGGAGGCAACGGAGGGAGUGCCCAUUGGGAUGGAAAUGUUGGGAUUGCCCUGGACAGAAGGCAAACUCUUGGGAAUCGCCUGGCAGAUGGAGCGGAUGCUUUGGGUGGAGCGGAGAAUGCCGCACUGGGCGAAAGAGAAGGUCGAAGUGAAGACCUACGAGACCGUUCCGAAUGUGAGGCCGAAUACGGAUAGCAUACCGAGGGAAUAUCCACUUGGGGUGCUAUUAUCCGAGUAG